AUGGUUAGAUCAAUCUUAUCUGUAUUUAUCCUUAUACUUCUUCCAAUUUCAUUGCUUAUCGGAAUUAUCUUUCGAUAUAGUGUUAUUUCAUUAAUUUAUGCUUUUCUAUUAUUGAUUCUUCCAUGGGUUGGCUCUAUAAGUGAAAAAAAUAUACGAAUACGUUUUCGUCCAUUUAUAUUUCUUAUUGGUUUUCUAAGUCUACUCACAGUUUUUGCUCAAAUCGUAUUUCAAUCAGUUCUUCUUAUUAAUAAACCUUAUGGUCAUGCUCUCAAUAAUUGUACCGAAUUAACUCGAGUUCUUCGAUAUUUUGGUUUAGAACGUCUUGAUAAUUCAAAUGCUAUUCGUAUUUUACGUUUAAUCUUUCCUGAUAUACUCAUCUUAGCUAUAUCAAUAAUUUGUUUGGUUAGUAUUCGACGUCAAUUAUUAUCAACAAGACUUCAUGAAACAAAUGAACCUCAAACACCAUCAGUAAUACCACCAUUAAUAAAUAGUCAUAUAAAUACAAUAAAUCAACAGAAAUUAUGGCCAAGAUUAUUAUCUAUAGUAAGACGAACACGUGUAUUUCUUCAAUUUGUUAUUGUUGGUUUUGCUGCAUUUGUGUAUCCGAGUAUAAUUAACUCAAUUUACUUUAUUUUUUUCCUUACACUUGCUUUUAUUUGGUCAUUAUCGGUUCAUUUUGGAAGAAAAUAUGCAUUAGCUCGUACAUUAUUAUCUAUUUAUACAGGCAUACAUUUAUUAAUUUUUUAUCUUUAUCAAUUUGGAUUUCUUCAAGAAGCUUUACAACCUUUAUCAUUAUGGAGCAACAUUACAGGUUUAACAGCAAUCGUUAUAAGUAAUUGUACAGAUAGAGAUCCAUAUUUAGAAAAGAAAUUACCAUGGACUGAUUAUGUUAAUCCAUGUGCAUUGCUUAUUCUUUAUUUUUAUUUUGCUUUUGAAACACAUCGAACACGUUUUCAACGAGUACGAUCGAAUGCAACAACGACUCAAUCACUUGAACAGGAGAGUUUGGUUCAAAGUAGCGAUGGUCGUGAUAUACUUGAGCAAAGUCCACCACUGUCACAUCGACGAUGGAGUUUAGAACAACCUGGUGAUCAAACAUGGCAAGGACGAAUUAUUUUCGUUAUUUUUUCUAUUCUUCGUGUACUUGAACGACAUAGUUAUUUAUUAUCAUUGAUUGCUAUGUUGGCAUGGAGUAUAACAUUUCAUAGUUUAUUAACAUUAGUCUAUCUUUUAUGGGCAUGUUUACUUUGGGUAUCACCUAAUUCUCGACAAUGGUGUUUAAGAAUGAGUCCAUUUUUUACAAUCUAUGGAGGAAUAUUAUUAAUUUUACAAUAUUUAGUUGGGUUUAAAAUAAGUUUUAAUCAAUUAAAUUUUGCAUAUGAUCGUCGAACUAUGGAACAAAUUGGUAUUCGUAUAGAUGAUUUUCAACCAGCAUUUAUUCCAUUAUUACUUAAAUCUUUUUAUAUGAUGUUUUUUUGGUUAACACUUCGACAAUAUAUUAAUGAAAAACGACUUGCUAAUACAGAAGUAAAUGAAGCUCGUCGAAACAGUACAACAAAUGAUUCAUAUCCUCGUCGAUUAGGACGAUGGUUAAUUAAUUUAUUAACAAAAUAUUGGAUAUUUGUAUCAUGUGGUAUGCUCUUACUUGUUAGUAUUCAAAAUACUGUCGUGAUCUAUCGAAUUAUUUAUAUGGUGUUUUAUUUAUUUUUUAUUCUUUCAUUUCAAAUUUCAUUUGGAUUUUGGCGAAAAACAGCAGCAACAUUUCAUUUAAUCAUAGUUAUUUAUUCAAUGUUAGUUUUAAUUGGAAUAUAUAUUUAUCAAUUUGAAAAAGUAAAUGUAUUUUUAUCAAAAAAAUUUAGUAAACAAUUACUUGCAUCAAUUGGACUUGAAGUUGUUCCAUCAGAUGUUUUAGCACUUAAAUUACUUACACCAAGUACAUUUCUAGUUGUUAAUAUAAUGCAAUUGUAUUAUUUUCAUUCGGGUUGGAUGAAUUUAAUUUCUAUGCCAAGUGAGAAGGAUAUUCAAGGUCCAGCAAAUGGUACAUUAAAAGAUAUUCAUACAUUUGCAAAAGAAAAUACUGAUCAUGCUAAUAAUUUUCAUACUCAACCAAUCUUACAACGUGAAGCAAAAACUUGGCAAGAAACAUUAUAUAAAUUUUAUUUUCGUACAAAUCGUUUCUAUAAACAAAUAAAUUAUUAUGGUUGGCGUUUUGCUGAAUUACAUGUUUUUAAAUUAGUUCUACUUAUAAUGGUUCUUACAUCUACACUUAAAGUAUGUGGAUUUAAUACAGUAUUAAUGAUUUUAGUAACAAUUGGUUUAACAUUAUUUCAUCUUCGAAAAUUAAUAAAUUUAUUAACAUUAAGUGCUACAGGUUUUUAUAUUCUUUUAUCAAUGUGUUAUCAAUUAGAAAUAGCCAAACAACAUAUAAUUGAAAAAAAUUUUUUUAUUAAAAAUUGUUCUCAUAUUGAUUCAAAUGUGAGUUUAAUACCGAAUGAUACAGCUAAAUGGUUUGGUCUUGAAUCAACACAAAAUAUUGAUCCAUUUAUUGGUCUUUAUAUAUUAUUAACAAUUUGUUUAACAUUUGAUGCAAUAGUACGAUAUCGACAAAAACAUCGUCGUUCAUCAUUAACAGUUCGUUUUAAUGUUCAUCUUGUUGAAAAUCGUUUUCCAAUUUUAUUUGAACCAUUUGCAUUAAAAACUAUGAAUAAUGAUGAUGAUGAUACAUAUGAAUUUGAUAUCGUUAAUUAUCAACAAGCUGAUCAAGGAAUUUGUGAUUGUUUGAAAUAUUUAGCAAAUUUUAUUUUUUAUAGAUUUGGUUUAGAGAUAUGUUAUAUAACAACAGUUAUUGUUGUUGGUAUUCGUCUUGAUAUGAUAGCUGUACUUUAUUCUAUGUGGUUGGGAUUAUUUUUAAUAUCUAGUAGACGUAUUAUUCAACGAAUAUGGCCAAUUUAUAUAUUUUUUUUAAUUAUUUCUUUUCCUAUUCAAUAUAUGAGUGCUGUUGGAGCACCACCAUUUCUUUGCUUCAACUAUCCAUGGGCAAAUAUUAAAAUUAAUGGAUGGGUUCAACUAAAACGUUGGUUGUUUUUACCAGAUUAUACAAAUCCUCCAAUAGCAACACAAUUAAUUGCUGAUUUCUUUCAACUUUUAUUUGCUUGUCAACAAUGGCGUGUAUUUAAAUAUGAAACUAAUGAAAAAGAUCGUAUUUAUAUUCAAGCAGGUGGAUCAAAUAAUGAAAUAAUUAAUGAAAAUGAUCUUUAUAAAGAUAAUCCAACAUGGGAUUUUGUUAUGAAUAAACGACAUUGGUUUGAUCAAAUAAAAUAUGCUAUAUUUAUGUAUGGUGCAUGGGUUGUUUUAUCAAUUGUUUAUUUAGCUGGAAUAACAAGAAUUAGUUUACUUGGUCUUGGUUAUCUUGUAGCAUGUUUUUAUUUUUUUUGGUAUGGACAAGAUUUUUUAACUAAACAAGUUACAGUUAUGCUUCGGAUAUGGACAUAUUUAAUUUAUUACUGUUUUUCGGUUAUAUUUAUUAAAGCAUGUUUACAAGUGGCUGUUUGCAUUUUUCUUUAUCCAUUGACACCUUGUGAAGGGGUGAAACGUACAUCUUCAUUGUGUACAUUUGUCGACUUGCUUGUACCAUGCUUAAGAUUGGACUUUAUUCCUCCAAGAGAUUGUCCUGCAUCAUCUAAGGGCAUUCCAGAACAAUGUGAUAAAAGUGCAACUGAUGCUAGUCUUUUUAUGGAUGGAUUCUGUUUGAUAUGUUUAUUAUUACAAAAACGAAUAUUUGGUAGUUAUUAUUGGGAACAUAUUGUUGCUGAACUUCGUUCACAAGCUAAAUUAGCUAGUCAAGGUGCUGUUUUAUUUAAUGAUAUCUCACGUCAACGUAUAGAUGAAAAAGAUGAAGAAGAACAACAAACAGUGAAAAAAAUAACUCGAAGUUUAGAACGUAUUAAAGAACAAUUACAAGUAAAUCGAUCCGGUAGAAAAGUUGCUGCAGCACUUGGCGAUUCAGCUGAACAUUUUGCAGUAAUUCGAUCAGGUGAUUAUUAUAUGUUUGAGUACGAAUCAGAUGAAGAAGAAGAUGAAGGAAAGCAAGAUGAAGCAACUUUUGCUCAAGAACAAAUUCUUCAAGUUUUAACAGCACGUGAUAAACAGACAGCUGCUGCUGCUGUUGCACAAAAACCUUCGAGUACAUCUCUUUCUGAAUCAGACGAUCAAGAAUUUCUUCCAGCAUCACCUAUUCAACCUCCAGUAACACCAAUAACUACUGAAACGAUACCAUCAUCGACUAGUGAACAGACAAUAUCUGUUGAACCGAAAGAAUCUGAACAAAGUCAAAAAUCAUUUUUUUUUAAAAUAUGUUUAAUUGGUCAAAUUGUUGUUGAUUAUUUUAUUGAUUCAUUUAAUCGACAUUCACGAGAUUAUAGAGAAGUUUCAAGAAAAUUAUCUCAAAUGAAAACACAAGAUAAAAUAAAUCAACAACAAGAACGUACUCGUUCACAAAUAAAUAUUACAACAGCUACAACUAUUAAUCUCGAUGACGCUGAUCCUACUACUCCACAAAAUGAUGAUCAUAAUAACAUUCCCAUACAUACUCAAACAACUAAUUUAAAUGAACGUUCACGUUUUUAUCGUUUUUUUGAUUCAUUAUUUUAUUUUAUAAUGUCUCGUUCGGAACUUGUAUGUUAUUCAGCAAUGGUAAUCAAUCAUUUAACAUCAGGUUCAUUACUUUCAAUACCAUUACCAUUAUCAAUAUUUCUUUGGGCUAUGUUAUUAUCACGACCAACAAGAAAUUAUUGGAUUACAAUAAUAACUUAUACAGAAGCAAUGAUUGUUGUUAAAUAUAUAUUUCAAUUUCGUUUUUAUCCAUGGAAUGCUUCAGAAAUAACUGAAACAAAUCCAUUAUCACCAGUAAAUAUUAUUGGAAUUAAUCGAAAAGAAGAUGGUGCAUCAGCUGCAGAUCUUUUUCUACUUUUAUCUUUAUUUCUUCAUCGAUCAAUAUUAAAACAACUCGGACUUUGGAAAGCAGAAACAGAUUCAGUUGAUCAAGAUACUAGUCGAUCUAUUCAACAAGAAACUUCUCAAUUAGAACCACCGAAAGUAAAAAGUGGAUAUUUUCUGAAAGCAAUUAUUAAUUUUUAUCGACAACCUCAACAAUCAUUAUUUGUUCAUGAUGUUUAUGCAUCAUUAUUUUUUUGUGAUUUUAUUAAUAUGAUUAUCGUUAUAUGUUUUUAUAGUCAAUUUGGUGAAAGAGCUGCUGGUAAUACUGUUGUACAAACAAUCAAAGAAAAUAAAGUUCCUGUAGCUUUUCUUGUAUUGCUUUUAAUUCAAUUUAUAUUAAUAAUAAUUGAUCGAGCACUUUAUUUACGUCGAAAUGUUCGUGGAAAAUUCUUUUUUCAAUUAUUUCAAGUUAUUGGUGUACAUGUUUGGUUAUUUUUUGUAUUACCUGCUAUAACACAUAUUAAAUUUCGUGAUAAUGUUGCUGCUCAAUUUUGGUAUUUAUUUAAAUGUAUUUCUUUUGGUUAUUCAUCAACACAAAUACGAUUAGGUUAUCCAAAACGUAUAGCUGGAAAUUUUCUUAUGAAAAGAUUUACUUAUGUUAAUCAAAUAUUAUAUCGAAUUUAUUUAUUGAUUCCAUUUUUACUUGAAUUACGAACAAUUAUGGAUUGGAUUUUUACAAAUACAGCACUUGGAUUAUCAAGUUGGUUACAAUUAGAAGAUAUUUAUUCGAAUGUUUAUUUAUUGAAAUGUGCACGAUGGGCUGAACAAAAAUAUCCAACUGAGCGUGGUGUAAAUCGACCAAAAAUAACAAAAUAUGGUGUUGGUGGUUCAUUAUUAGUUUUAUUAAUUUUAUUAAUUUGGUUUCCACUAUUAUUUUUUUCAUUUUCUUCAUCAUUUUAUCAACCAAAUCCACCUAAAGAAGUUAAUGUUGAAAUUAAAUUAGGUCCAUAUUUGCCAAUUUAUCAAAUGACAGCACAAGAUAUCGAUUUAGUACCAUUUACAAUGGCUGACUUGAAGAGAUUACGUGAUAGAAUUGAAUCAUUAAAUGUAGAAACAACAAAUAAAGAUGGUGCUUAUGGAUUUUUACGUGAUUUUAAUCCUGAUGAUAUUCGUUGUGUAAAUUUAUUUGCUACAAGUGUUGAUCUUUGGGAAAUAAGUCAACCAAUACGUGAUAUUGUUGUUAAUAGUUUACGUUCAAAUGUUUCAGUACCUGUUCGAUUUUCAUAUACAAUAAGACGUUAUUUAACAGAUCAAGAUUAUUCAGGAGAUCUUGCAACUGUUGUAACAGGUGAACAUACAAUUGAUAUAAAAGCAAAUGAUAAAGAUAUUCGACAUGCAUUAAUUGAUAUACUCAAUGGAACAAUGGAUAUACAAACAACGACAAAUUUUACAAUUGUUAAUUUAUUACCAAGAUUUCUACAUGUUCGACCAAAAGCAAAUCCAGAAGAAAUUCUUGCUUUUAAAAAUAUUUUUCUAAAUGAUUAUUAUGGUAAUGUUACAAUGGGUUUAAAUCGUACAACAACAAUUCCAAAUAGUACAGAUGUUUGGUGGGAAAUGUCAGAACAUGGAAAUAGAUAUAAUUAUAAUCCAUCAUGUGCCUAUCCCAAUCGAAAUUAUUUGACUAUGAUCUUUUUCAAUGAUAAAGUUUCACCGGCUAAUAUUUCAUUUCUUACUCGAUAUGGAAUAAUUGGUUUAUAUACAACAUUUGUGAUUGUUGUUGCUCGAUUGUUUCGUACAAUCUUGCAAACAAGUACAACAAUAAUGUUUAAUGAAUUACCAAAUGUUGAACAUUUAUGGCAUCUUUUACUUGAUAUUUAUUUAGUUCGAGAAAAUCAUAUGUUACGUUUUGAAGAAGAAUUUUUUGCUAAACUUGUAUUUUUAUACCGAUCACCAGAAACAUUAAUACG